UAAUUCACUUUUCAAGCGAUAAUUGCUAUGACGAGAUUAUAACAUCGGAUUUAAGUGAAUAAGUAGAACAAUUUUAUUUGCGAAUAUUACUAGUUUUAUUGUUAACAUCGCUAUAAUUCGUGUGGUAUGUGCUCACAGUAGCAACAGUUAUAGUAUAGUAAGAUUAGAAAAUAAAUUUGUGUUUUAUCGAUUGACAAUUGACUCUGUGUUUUGUACACCUGUUUGCUUUAUAUGUUCAAAUGUACUCACAUUCAAGAGAAAUUAGUUAACGUCCAUUACUCUACGGUACUGUACUGCUGUAUGAUUAGUGCCACGGUAUCUCAAUUUGUCAGUGCAGUGAAACAGGUUGAAAACACAACAUGCCAAACAAUUGGAUAGAGUCGGUUAAUCACAACAUAAUAUCACCAUUAUUUUUGUUGAUAUUUCCCGUCGCUGUUCAAUAUCUAAGUGCCGCAGGAAAUCCCGACAAACCGUUUCAAACGUCGUUUUUAUUCGGAAAUCUGUUAGCAUGGAAACUUAUAGGAGCAAUGAUAGUGUGGGCUCUGGUGUGGAUGUUAAUUCCAUCGAAAGUGUUUUAUGGACCGACCACAACUUUUGGAUACACUCCUAAGUAUCAGGCAAAUGGUGAACUUUACUAUUUUGCAUCAAUGAUAGCAUUUGGAAUAGUUACCUAUGUCAGCCCGCAGCUCUGGGUAUCGGUCUAUGACAAUUUCGGGCCCAUUCUCGGUGGAUUGAACGUGUUAGCUCUAGCUUUGUGUUUGUAUCUUUUAGUACAAGCGAAAAUGAAGGAAACCGAAGAAGAUCCAUACUUAGUAAACAACAAAUUUCCGAUUCUACACGAGUUUUAUCGAGGAAUGGAACUGCAUCCGACAAUAUUCGGAGUCCAAGUGAAACAACUUGUGAAUUGUCGAAUAGGUCUGAUGAUAUGGCAACUGUUAAUUUUGAUCUUCUUUUCGGCUUCAUACCAAACGCGAGGAUUCGAUUCUGGCCAUUUAGUUAAUGUUUUAUUGCAAACCAUUUACCUGUACAAGUUUUACCGAUGGGAGACGGGAUACUUCGACACAUUGGACAUUACCUUAGAUCGUGCUGGAUAUUACAUUUGCUGGGGAUGCUUAGUAUGGGUGCCUGCAUUCUACACAUUCAGUUCGUACUAUUUCGUGUAUUAUCAACCGAACUAUGGACCGUUCAUCUCAACAGUAUUUCUAAUUCUUGGAGUGCUGUGUAUUUAUCUGAAUUAUGAAGUGGACAGACAAAAGGAAGUAUUCCGGGCCAAUAAUGGUAAAGUGAAAAUCUGGGGAAAACAAGCAAAAUUCGUCCAAGCAUCUUAUACAGCAGUAACCGGAGAGAAAAGGGAAACACGUCUGAUGAUUUCCGGUUGGUGGGGCAUUGCCCGGAAAAUAAACUACACAUUUGAACUGGCUGCAGCAUUUUUCUGGUCAGCUAGUGCAGGCCUUCAGUAUGGCGUUUGGCCGUAUCUUUAUUUCAUUUUUCUAGUGUGUUUGUUAGUGCAUCGAGUAUUCCGAGAUGAGACUAAGUGUCGUGAUAAGUAUGGAAAAUAUUGGACUGAAUAUUGUAAAAUUGUUCCUUACAGACUAAUUCCAUACGUUUUUUAAUUAAUGUUUAAGUUUCUUGUAAAUAAAAAAAAAACAACAAAAAUUUUAAUCCAAUUAGCCUACAUUUUACUGCAACGAACGUCUUGUCGACUUUUCCAAUGUAAAUUAUGCUCACAUGUUCGAAUUGUCUUUCCUUUUUCUUAUCACUAACCUACAUCUAAUUCUAAAUUACCAUAGCAGAUCAAUCAAUAUAAAUUGAUAGGUAGAAAUGACGAGAGAGAAAAA